GUGGGCCGCGGGCUGAGCACGGGGCUGGCGAUGCACGCGGCCAACCAGAGGCAAGCUCCGUGCCCAGCGUGCUCCUGCUCCCCGCAGCUCCACUGCCCAGAGCUGCGGUGCGAUUGCGCCGGUUUUCCAGGGCACGAGCAGCCAGGGGCCGAGCCUCUGGUCGGUGGCGCUGGCCUGCGCCGCCAGCGGGCUCGCCGGAGCGCGCACCGCCGCGGUGGCUUGCUGGCGCUUGUUGUGGUGGCGGCCGCUGGGCCGCUGGCCUGCCCCUCCGUGGCCGCGGCCAGCGUGGCGCCUGGGGACUUUUUCGGGGCGCAGUACCACGUCAGGGGGGCGGUGCUGAUCCACGAGAGGCUGGUCGUGUUGGUGCCGCCUGUACAGCCAGGCGCCGCUAGCAUCGUCACUCCUGACGGUGGCGAGGACGAGGAGGUGUACGUGGGGUCGCCCGACGUCGUGAGGUGGGACAUCUUCCCAGGCGGCGCUGCGGGCGGCACCAUGCCGUGGGCGCCUGGGGCGCGGUACUACAGGGCGCUGGCGGCUGCGCCUGCGGCAGCUCCUGGCGGGCUUGCGCCUUCCGCGGUGGAUGUUGCUGCUGCGCCGGCGGCGGGCGUGGCUGGGCUGGUGGCGGCCCUCGGCGGUCCCACGCCGGCGCCUGGGGCCCCGUGCCCCUGCCGCCUGCGGCGCCGGCCCCGUCUGGCGGCGCGCCGUCUGCGGCCCCAGCGCCCGCGCCCGCCCCCGCCCGCGGCUGUUACCCCAGCGGGCCCUGUGACGGAUUCGCGCGUGCAGCCAGUGUUGUGCAACCCGUUGGGCUCCAGGAAGGUCGGUUUCGGGGAGGCGGUGGCGCGCCUGGUGGAGCACCAGUGGCCUGACUGGCCCAUGGCAGGCCCCCGCGCCGCGUCGUGGGUCUGCAAAUUCAUCCAGGACAACGGUCUCUCCCCCGUCGGACGCCACAGCAAGUGGUGUUCGGAGGGCCGCCUCGCUCAGACCGACGCGGGCGUCGCGGAACACGAGGGCUGGUGCUUCUACCUGGAGCAGAUGGUCUGCUUCGACCAGCUCAACGUUCCGGAUGUCGCGGCGGCGGAGUUGAUUUGCCGCAACAUCCAAGUUCAGGAGGAGAGGUGGCAGGAGAGGUUCAUCACGACUGCCGACGAGUCGCUGGGCUCCCACCUCUUCUACGGCACCUCGGCCAACAGAGGCAACGCGCGCGUGCAUCCCCAGCUCCUUUGCUGCGUCAGCGGCGAGCUGCCCGCAGUGUACGCGGCGGCAAAAGGGAGGCGCAAGGCGCGCGAAGAGCGCCAGAACGCCCAGGCCCCCAACAACAAGGACAAGAAGGGCGGCAAGGACAAGCGGCAUCGCUGUGCCGGUGCGUUCCUGGACUGGGCCGACGAUGGGAUUGGCGCGCUCGACAGCCUGCGCGGCCAUUCUGGUGAACCUCCUUCAGCGCCCGACAACCUGGGGCAGCAGACCAGCGUCGAGUUCUGGCGGUGCUCGGAGCCCGACGACCGCGCCCUCGCGGACCCGUCGCUGGCCCCCGGUUGGCUCGGGGUCCAGUUUAGCAUGGCGAGUUUGUUCGGCGGCUGCGUCGGCGCGGGGGAGUCUGGGAAGCGGCGCGUCGUCUUCGACGCGCGCUACGCGAGCGCCUCCUUUCGCCGGGCGCCUCCCACUCGCUUGCCGACAGCGGCCGCGGUCUCGGCUGCGGGGUCGGGCAACGCGCCGCUGUGCGUGGCGAGCGGGGACCUGGACAAUGCCUUCUACCGACUGCGGCCCAUGUCGGGCCUAGGGGGCUAUUUCGCCCUGCCGACGCCGUCGCCCACCCUCGCUGGCAUCGCCGAGCUGGGCGGCAGGCCCAUCUCCGCCGGCGCGAGCCUGGCCCCGUGCCUCGCCAUCCUGCCCACGGGGUGGUCGCGGGUGAUGCACUCCUGCCAGGCGGCCACCAUGCGGGCGAUAGCGGUGGUGGGGUUCUCGAACUCCCAGAUCGUCGAGGACGGCCGCGCGAGCGUGGCCCUGCUGGCCGCCUCUGCCGCUGCCGCCGCGGGCAACGUCGACAACUUCCACGUAUUCGGCCACGACCGGGCUCUGGCCACGCGACGCCGCGAUGACGCGUCCGCCGCGCUGCGGGGCUGGGGGCUCGCGGUCCACGAGGAGCUGGAGGCCUCCACCGAUGCCGUCUUGCGGGGCUCGAGCUCAGGCUGGGCCGUCGGCUGUCGAUCGAGCGACGCAACCUGCGGCGGUCAGAGGGCGGCGUUGGACACGGUGCUGUGCCGCGGCCGCUGCUCGAGCAAGAUGCUGGAGGUCCUGAUAGGGCGCGUGACUUGGGCCCGCCUGAUUCGGCGCGAGCUACCGCGCGCGCUCGACGCCGCGUGCCCGCGCGUGGACGUCGGCCUGCCCGCCGCCGCGCGCAUCUGGCCUUCGGUGCGCCAGGGGCAGUGGCCGGCGCGCUCGCUUCUGCCCCUCCGCCAGGAGGGGCUCGAGUCGCUCAUCAGGGCGCGCCCGAAGGAGUUCAUGGAGGCCGCCCGGGAGUUCUUCAAGGGGCCACGCUGGGCACCCGUCAUCGCGUCGCGCGUCGCCGUGCGGUGGCGGCGGCGCGGGGGGCCUUGGAGCGGGCGGCGGUCAGACCGGGCACGCACGGAGCGCCUCUACCAGGUGCACGUCCGAGCCUCCCUCCAGUUCUGCCUCGCGACGUCGACCCGCUGGGCGGACGAGGCGGGGGUGGGCGCGGCCCCGGGGGCCCGCCUGAACUCGCUGCACUUCGAGGGCCGGGCUCCCGACAAGGGGCUGGCGCCGCUGGCGGCGCCGGCGCCGACCCUCCGGCGGUUGCUGCCGCACGUCUGCGACCUUCAGCUUCCCGGGAAAACCAACUUCUGGGAGCGCUCCUGGGCCAGGGGGGCGCGCCUCCUGCGGGGGGCGGUCAUGGCGGAGCCCGACGUGCUGCUGUUCGGGGAGGUCGUGGAGCACAACUUCUUGGACGUCCUGCGGGGCGGCCAGGGGCUGCCGCUGGCGGGGCCGCCGGCGCUGACGGCGCCGCCCGCAGGCGCGAGGCUGCGCAAGCGGCGGCAAUAUCGCCGCUGCCGCGCGGGCGCCGACGAGCGGGGGAGCUGCAUGUCCCUGGAGCUGUCCGCUGGGCGGGGCCGCAUCUCGCAGCGCAUCCGCGACCUGGGCCACGGUUGCCUGGGUCUGGACAUCGUCCCUGAGGAGCACACACCAUUGCUGAAAUCGCUGUGCGAUCUCACCACGGUGGUGUCGUUCAAGGACUCAGCGAUGAAGGACGCCAUGGGACGCAUCUUCGAGCAGUGCCAGGACCAGUGGCCAAAACAGCUCGAGGAGAAGUCCAAAGUCAAAUGGUCCGAGUCUAUGACCGAGCGGAUUCGGCUCAUGUGUGGGCACGUGCACCACGCGCAUAAAAAGGCGUUUCGCCAGCAGCUGAUGCGGAGGCGGGGGCGCGAGCGCGGCAAGAAGGUGUGCGGGGAGCUCCACAAGCUCACUGACGGCACGCUCGUGGCGAGGUUCGGCGACGGCGAUGAGCGCGCUUGCCCAGGCGUUUCGGCUGCCGAGCUCGACGAGCAGGCCUCGAGCAUCAAGCGGAGACAAGGGGUGCUCUUUAGCGUGGAAUCGUCCGUGGCCAGCCUGAUCUACGAGAUCAUGUACACUGAGAAGAUGAAUAAGGAUAUGUUGCAGCGUCAACACCUGCCGUUUGAGCGCGAGGCGCCCAAGUCGCCCAACGGCGCGAAUCGCGUCCAAGUCUGUUCGCUCCUCACUCAUUGGCUCGGGGGCUGCGAUGAGGAGCGCAAGCUGCAGGCGCUCGAUGUCAUGAAGAGGGUCGCUAAGGAGCUCGCCAAGGGCAACGGCAAGACAGCGGAAGAGGGGUUCCAGCUCCGCGACAAAUUCGUGAAGCACAUAACGGGCAAGCGCGCCGAUUCCGACGAGGGGGUGGGCAAGUUGGACGGCGACAAGGCCGCCUCGGAAGAUGCUCCAGAUGCGGAGUGGUUGGAACGUUUCCCAGGUGCUUCUGAUGGCGAGCCCUGCGUUGCGCCCGGCACGCCGCCGACCGCGCCCGCGCCGGCGCAGGAAUUGAGAGGGGUGGGCCGCUACCAGAAGGCCGAAGCUCCACACCAGGCUGUGGGCGGCCCGCAGGGCGGCGAGAACGAGUUCAAGAGCUUGGACUUCGACGAGGUUGACGCCGCCUCCACCCACGUGCCCAACCAGAUGCCGCCCGCGCCGAGCAGCUACACCUACGACACGUCAACGGCCGCAUCGGAAGUCGAGAGCGCGCUUGGCCAGCGUAUCAAGGACGCUGGAGGUGCACCCGCGCCCCCAUCGGCCACGCGCUCAACGGCCGCCUCCUCCGACAGCCAGCUCGUCGAGGAGCUGAAGGGCGUCGUGGAGAUGGGCUACUUCGACAUGAGGGGGCACGUCGGCCCCAAGUGGCAGACCGAGAAAACGUCGGACAAGAGCCUCCGUGAGCAAUGCGAUGCGACCAAGGGCAGGGAAGCCAAGAAGUACUGUCGCUUGGACUGGGCAGCCAGAAAGCUCAAGGGGGCCGAGGUCAGACUCACGAAGAGGGAGGAGCUGGGGGGGUCAGACGAGCCCAUUGGCAUAUACGCCCCGUUCAGCGUGCUUGUUCGCGAGGAGGGCGGCGACGCUCCAGCUCUGAAGGCAGCCUACAACAACGCGCAGCAGGCCCUCAAGAACAUGCCUAACCGCCCGUGGGUCAGGUGGGACACGUGGACCAAGCGCGCCGAGUUCCUGUGCAUCAAGAAGCAGCAUCGGCAGUCCUUCAAGCUGCGCUGGGAGAAGGAGAUCACGAUGCAGGGGAUCGGCCAGGUUGACGCUGCCAAGCGCGGCGCCGAGCAGGCCCUGCCGGCAUCGAAGCCCUCGAGGCACGGGAUGGGGCCCAGCGUUCCUGGCGCGCCACAGCCCAGCCCCACCGACGAGGAUGCCGAGGUUCAGAAGCAGGCGAAGAAAGACUACGACAAGGAGUUCGCCGAGCUGAGGCGGGGGGGGGGGGGGCUCAAGUCCAAGAACGAGUUCUGGGCCAUGUGGCUGCUGGAAAGUGACUCUCACUUCGCGAAGAACGUGAAGGCGAACUAUCAGAGGGAAGACGCCUUGAAAGAGAUGACGGGGGCGGUGGACCUCGACCGUGCCACGAAGACCCUCGAGAAGGAGACUGCGACCCUGGGGGGCAUGCACGAGGCUCGGAAGAAGGCCCACCAGGACUCUGAGGCUCUGGAUGAGCCUUGGGAUGCUGGAGUGGCAGCUCAUCCCGACCGCGGCGACGAUGAACCUGUGGACUACGAUGCGUUGUCUGACGAUGAGUACUGCAACGAAUUCUAUAAUUUCCUGUUAGAUCUGAAGUUGAGCGGCACCUUGAGCGCCACGCAAGCGCGUCUGCUGGCUCUAUGGGCUUCAAGGCCAAAUGGAGGAUCAGUAGAGGUUCGAAAGCUUGCUCUGCGACCAGGGCUGCCGACAGGACGCUACUCCAAACACUUCGACGCUGUUCUCGGCCACAAGAUAUCUGACAUGAACUUCCUGACGGUUGCUGUGCCAGGCCAUCGGCGUUCCGAUGCCAGUCGGACUGUAGAUGAUGUGCCCAUGAUCACUCCCAUCGACGCCCUGGCCGAGGAGGUCCAGACGCACCCCGACAUGCUCGUCGAAGUUGGUCUCGCUGUUGCCAGCAAACAAUUGCCCGAAAGUAACUAUGACCAUCCUGUGGUGGUAAACGCAGGCGCAGAUGAAUGCGUGGUACCCGUCUCCGUCUACAUGGACAAAGUACCGUUCACUAGGACAGAGUCGGCUCUGGGGUUCUGGAUGGUAAAUCUCAUCACCAAUGUACGUUGGCUGCUCGCCUGCCUGCGGUCAGGCGAAAUGUGGAAGGGGCGGCUGUCGUGGGUGGCGCUCGCUUUUCGCAGUUUGGAGAAGCUUAUCCUGGGUGGCAGCAGUCUCGCGUGCAUAUUGCGUUUCAUUCGCCUCAACAGGUGGACCUUCAGUGCAAACGACUCCGGGGCUUUUCUGGGACAUGUGAAGUGCGUGCUUCGCUGCUGGCGAAUUGUCGGCCUGCCAUGCAAGCACAAGGUGCACUACCUUGUAGAAAUGGCACUUGCGAUUCCUUGGAAAGGCUGGCUGCUGGGCAAAGCCGCGGUCGGCUUGCGGCCUGGCACUACGUGCUCGUUCGCCCUGGUCGCAGAAUUUGCCGCGGCGCGCUCGCCUCAGUUCGCUCGCGCCGCUGCCUCGGCCAUGACGCGCUCGGCCAAUGUCUGCUCUGCGGGGUGCGGGCGGCUCUGGGCAAUUAUUUUGAAG